AUGGCCUCGUUCACACAACCUUCGUUCUCUUCUCUCGUUCCCAUAAACAAGAAGAAAACAACACUCUCAUUCUCUGCGUACCCGAAGAAGAACUACUCAACUUUCAAAACUUCCAAAAUCUCAUCCUCCGAUUACGAACAUCCCCUUUCUCUGGAAAAUUCCCCGGAAUCCAAACCUAAUGGAGAAAUUGACCGUGUUAAGCUGGCAUUUGCCAAAGCUAAAGAGUACAAGAAAAACAAGCCGACUUCAAACUCUGUUCCCGAGCCUCAUCGUGAACCAUAUGAUGCCAAACCUACUGAAAUUAGUGGCGACGCUCCGGUGAAUCCCGGGCUACAACCGGGGAAGGAGUAUGAGACAACUAACAGACUUUCAUAUGCAGUUGAAAAUUCUGGCGUGGACUGUGGUCAAUUGAACGAAAAGGAUGAAGAGGUUUCUUCAGUGGUUAAACGUGCUAUGGAGAGAGCAAAAGAGUAUAAGAGGAAUAAAGGUUUUGUGGGUAAUGAUUCUGGGAGAGUUGAGGAAACUGAAGUGACUGCGGCUUCAGGGCUUAUAAGAGGGGCUGAGAGUCCCAGAAAGAUGCAGUCAACCAAGAUUUCUGGUAAGAAGGAAGGCUUGACAGUUUCAAGUAUUGAUUUCAUGGGGCUUGACUUCUCGGAUAAGAAGAGUGGUAGAGGGUUGCCAGCUGGUUUGAUCCCACAGCCAGACCUUUUUCCAGAAAGGGAUUUUCCUGAAGUGGAGAUACUUGUUGGAGAUAUGACAAGGUUUAAUAAUGAUACAUUACCAGCACAAGCACAAAUCCCCAUUCAAGAAAAUGGCGCUGAUGUCUAUAAGCCGAAGGUUUCCACUUGGGGAGUUUUUCCAAGACCAAGCAACAUUUCAAAAACAUUUGGUGGUGGAAGGAAUAUACAACCUGGGGAAGUACUCGAAACGACAGAAGAGAGAGCUGCCAAAGAAGCACGUACAAAGCAGUUGGUAGCUUCCUACAAGAGAAAAAUUGGUCAAAACAUGGAUCCAAAGCUAAAAUCUGAAUGUGAGAAGGUAUUGACAGACGGCGACUCGUUGAUGGACCUCGGUCAACUGAAGGAGGCAUUGCCCUUUUAUGAAAAAGUCAUGGAGAAAUUAGCUUUCCAGAGUGAACUUCAUGGGUUAGCAGCUCUUCAGUGGUCUAUAUGUCUGGACUCACUAAGCAGAUCCAAUGAGGCGCGCGUGAUGUAUGAGAAACUUCAAUCUCACCCCAGCCCGAAAGUGAGCAAGAAGGCUAAACAAUUCGUAUUUGGCUUCCAGGCAAUGGAAAUGAUGAAGUUCAACACCUCGCCCAGUUCUGCUCUCAGCACUGAUUAUCAAGACUAUUUUGAUGCAUUUGUGCAAAGCAAGAAAAAUUAUCCACCAAACGAGGCUGAAUCUAAUGGUGGUGGAUUGAAUGAAGCCUUGCCGUAUAUUAUUUUUCUGGUUUCUCCAAUUUUUGUGGUGUUCCUAAUUGCAGCUUUUAAGUUCGGAUAG